AUGGAGAAAACUGAUAUAGAAUAUUUAAAUAUACCAGAAAAUAUUAAAAAAAAGUUAUAUGCUAAGAAUAUAAGCACAAUUGAAAAGUUAAGUACAAAUUAUUUAGAAAAUAAUUCUGUAAAAGAGAUUAAUUUAAUACAAGAAGAAAUAUUUAAAUGUCACUUAAAUGAAUUAGGUAUAAAAGAUGAAAAUGAAAGGGAGGAAAAUGCAAUCAUUAAUCCACUAAUAUUUUCUAAUAAUCUUUAUUCAUAUAGUGAUAAAGAAAAUUAUUAUAUCAAUAGCAGCUCUGAUUUUUCAAGUUAUAAUUCUUCUUCACAUUUAUCCUCUUUUGAAUCAACCAAUGAUUAUGAUUUGAUAAAUAAUAGAAAAAAUAAUAUAACGAAAAUCAUUUCUUGUAAUAACAAUGAUGCAAUAUUUAAGAAUAAGAAAAGUACUAACCAAAAUGAUAAUAUAUACAAAGAGAAAUUAGGACAAAAAUUUUUAUUAUAUUCAAACUUUAUGAAAAAAAAUUUAAAAAAUCAUAAAAUAUAUAAAACAGAAAAUGCUUCAUUAAAUAACUUAUUAUGUGGGGGUAUAGAAAGUUCUAAAAUAUAUUUAUUUUAUGGAGAUAAAAUAAAUAUAAAUAAAAUUGUUUUAGUGAAUUUAUUGUAUGAUAUCAUUAUAAAUAGUAAUAAAAAUUCGAGUAUUGUAUACAUUUAUUUCAGUUAUAUUAAUGAUAUAACAAUUAUUCAUAAUAUUAUAAUGGCAAAAAUAAAACAACAAAAGAAAGAUUUCUUAUUAAGUGAUAUUCUUCGUAACUUUUAUAUUUUUAGAGUUCAAAAUAUUAAUGAGCUUAUUUCUUUUUUAUUACUUAUAAAGAAUACUAUUUUAAAAAAUAAAAAUUCUAAAAAUGGCCUUAAAAAUGAAUUUAAUAAUUUAAUAUCAAUAGGAAUAUUCAAUUUUACAGAUUUAAUAAAAAAUUUAAACAUUAUUAAUUCUUGUUCUUACUUUUAUUUAGUUAGAGAAUUAAAAACCCUUUCAAUUAUUUUAAAUAUAUCUAUAUUAAUUUUUGACAAUGCGAAAAAUGAAACAUUAGAUAUUACUAAUAAUAAAAUAAAUUAUAAAGAACAAAAGAUAGAAGAGCAUAAAAAAAUACAAAAAGUUUUCAAAGAAUAUGAUAAAAAUACAAAAAAAAAAAAAACAUAUACAACCUUUAGUAAUAGAAAUGAAUAUAGUAAUGUUAACGAGGAACACUCCUUUAGUUAUAAUGAAGAUGAAGAAAAUUAUUUAAGUAAAAAAAAAAAUAAAAUAAAGAAUAAUAAAUAUGAAAAUAAAAAUUAUAUUAACAUAGAAAAUAGUACAAGUAGCGAAGUCUUAAGUGUAAAUGAGUCAUGUGAAGAAUGUGAAUAUGAACAUCAUAGUGAAAAUUCUGAUAACUCAAUCAAUACAUGUGUCGGUAAUACUAUAAACUACAAUGGGGAAAAUGAUUAUAAAACAAUAAAUAGUGAAAAAAAUAUGUUUGACAAUGUUAAAGAAAAUAUCAGAAAGCCACUUGUUCCAUAUUCCAUUUAUAAUUCUUUUGACUUUAUUAUAGAAAUAGAAUUAAUAAAUAAAAUUAAGAAUAAAAAACUAAUAAGAUUUACGUUAUUUAGAUCUCAAAAUAACAUUAAGUAUUAUUAUUCCUGUUCUUAUAUAAGAAAUAAUAUAUUAAUUAAUCUUAUGUAG